AUGGCGAAGAGAGCAAAGGCGGAUGAAGUGUCAGUGACGAGUACCGAAGUGUUGAGUAUUCCCCUUUUGGAGACCGUGAAGGCUGCGCAGUUGCAAAAUGGAUUGCGUCAUCGUGACUUUCAGCGCUAUCGUCAGUACUGUGCGCGCCGUUUGCGUCGUAUCCGCAAGUCUGUGAAGUUUACGCAUGGAAAAGGGAAACAAUUUAUCAACAAGAAGGUGAACGCUGAGACGGCGACGGAAAACCGUCUGCUGUACUUGCCACUGUACAAUGCCGAGCGGGCGUGGGGUUACGCGAUGCAGCUCAAGGAGGACGAUAAUUUGGACAAGUCAGAGAACCGAGAGGACGGCAAUUCCCGCAUCAAGUUUCACUUGAAUGGACGUCUUCGCAAAGCUGCAGACUGGAGUCAGAAACUGGCUGAGAUCUGCGCAGUCCGUGCUGAUGCCCGCACGAGUUUAGAGGCGGAGGCUUAUGCCGCUUACAUGGCUGGUAAUUUUGCCUUCCAUCGAGAGGAGCAUGUGGUAGCAUUGGAGAAGUUUAAGACAGCACGUCGCAUCUACGCGGACCUGUCGCAGGUGGGCACGUCGUCACAGAAGGAGCUGUUUUCGCGCUCGGCAGACGAUCUGCAGCCGUUUAUCCGCUUCUGUGAGCACCGACUGACGCUGCGAGGACGUACGGCUAGCACGGCGGAGGCUUCGUCUCUAGAGUUGCAUUCAAGUGGCGAAGGUGCUAAUAGCGCGUUGCUGCAGUCGAAGAUCGACCUGGUGCUACUGGAGGCGCGGAAGCAGAAGGUAGCAAAUCUGGGAUCUGUGGAGUGGAAGCAGCAGCAUCUUUCGAUACCGACACAGGAGAUUGGUUUGGCAAUGAUUCGCACGGACGAGCUUGCUGCCAAGUUGGAGGCUGCGCAGGAUAAUAAGGCACGUGAGGCACGUUUUCUGGAGUUGUUGAGUGCGUAUGACGCACUACUGCAGACUCUGAAGAAUGCAACGGCAAAGUUGGAACAACAGGCUAAGAGUGGCAGUGCACUAGUGCACUCAGACCUGGAACUGCUGUCUGCUUUGGAGGAGUACGCGCGCUUUAAAAAGCUUACUAAGCAAGUGGAGCGCCAGGCUACUGUGUACAGGACACUCAAGCAACGUCUUUCGACCCAGCAGCCUGGCGAGCUCACGCAUAUUCUCGACAUGCUAGUUCAGACUGUUGGCGAUAUUCUGACCAUUCCUGGUAUGCGUGAACUGGAGCAGCGUCGUGCUACACAAUACAGCGCGUACUACGCAGUGUUCCGUGCCUGCCGUGCUACAACGGUUGCCCAAACCUAUCUUCUACAGCACAAGUUUGGUGAAGCGAUGGCUCUGUACCAGUAUGCGUCGGGAUUUUUGGCUGAAGCUGAAGAAAUCUUGGCUGCGCAGCCUGCAGCUAAGGACGACAUGUUGCAGGAGUUCGCGUGCGAACUACAAGAGGAGCUUGCGGGUGCUGUUAGUCGUACGACAGCAGAAAGUUUUUUGGAGUCUUCCACUCGCGCGGAUGCGAUGCGUUUGGAGCUGGAGCAGCUUUCCUUGUCCAUUGAGGAAAAUGAUAAAAAGAGCAAGAAUCGCAAAAAACGUCAGGUUUUGUGUCUGAUGGAUCGGCAGGACAAGUUUGAAGCUGGUACUAUGGAAGGCCAUCGCGAGUUGGUAAAGCUGAUGCCCGAUUUCCACGCUGUGCCUUGCAAGCCACUGCUGUUUGAUGUGGCAUUUAACGAACUCGAGUUUCCGGACCUGACGGAGCGCACUAAGACAGAAUCCGAGAAGGCAGCCGAGGCUACAGCUACAGAUGCCAACGAGAGUGGCGGGAGCUUCUUCGGCUGGUUCCGCAAGUAA